UGGGGUUUCCAAAGCACAGUUUCCACACUUUUCCAGGGUUGGACGGGACUUUCAGUCCAUUUCCCCAUUGGGAUUCUCUCCCUUGCAGGUGAUGCUGAUGAAGCCCCAGGAGCCCCAGGCUACAUGUGGCCAGAACUAAGAGCUCAGUCCAUCUGCAGGUGUCAGCAGCGUGAGCUACUUCUUACUGGUUGGGGUGCAAGGCCAAGAAGGCGUGGAGGGCUGCAGGCCAGCCAGGAGAUGUCACAGCACGGAUGGCAUCACCCGGAGCCUGUGUGCUGUCACAGUGCGCUGCCAUGACAUCGCCGGGCCCUCCCCAAGGACAGCCGGCCACUGGCUCCAGGAGCAUCAUUUGUGAGCUGUGCAGCCCGCAGCCGCUCGCCGUGCCCUGUGCCUGAGAGCAGCCCCAGCAGCAGACCAGCUCAGCCUCAUCGCGCUCGUCCUCCAAGGCUCAGAGAGGUUUGGAGCACAUGUCUAACAGCAUGGACGGAGCCUGGGUGGGGACCUGGAGACCCCAUCGCCCACGUGGCCUCAUCUCGGCCCAGUUCCCCAGCCCCGGGCCCAAAUACUCCAUCCCGGGGACAACAGGUUACGUGGGCCACAGCCCCACCAAAAACCGUGCCCCCGCUUACACCUUUAGAGGGACCAAACGGCCUGCGGCAGGGAGCUGCGGGCCAGGUCCCUGCUACUUUGUGGAGCCGGCCAUCACCAGGAAUGGCAAGUACGUGGUUCCAGGCGCCCACCUCCAAGGACGACCCACCACCAAGACCACCGUCACCCCCGGACCGAGUGACUACCGCACCGAAGCAGCCAACAGGCACGUCUUCAAGUGCCCACCGGUGCAGUCCAUGGCCUUCCGGCGGGAGCCCCUCCGCACAGACCGCCCUCCAGGUCCUGGCACUUACACACUGCCCAGGCUGAUGGGGCCCAACACAGCCUACACAUCGGCCAGCCCCUGCUACUCCAUCAGGGGAAGGAGCCAGCGCGGUCGCUUUGACGAGGACCUUGCCAAGACUCCAGGUCCUGCGGCGCUCCCCAGAGUGGCCGUGGAUGUGUACAAGAAAAGGGCGCCCGCAUACACCAUGGCAGCCCGACCAAAACAUGGAGAGGGCAAAGCAGUGAAGCCCGGGCCGGCAGACUACAACGUAGGCCAGGUGACGCUGAUCAAGCCCCAGGCGCCUGCCUCCACUUUUGGGAUCCGGCAUUCCCUCUACACAACCCCCCUCAUUGUGGAAUAAGACAGCACAGUCUGGAAGGCCGUGGUUGCUUUCCUGGAAUGGGAGGGGAGGGAGAAGAGAGAGUAGCCAACAUCCAGUCUCCUUCUGAUUCCAUUUCCCUUCAUCCAGUUGGGCUUUUGCCCGUUAUACUAUUAGAUGUUAGUGUUAGGAGUAAGUCAUUAAUAAAUUAAUUAAAAACCUUAUGUA